CUCUGCGCCCUCCCUCAAUAAUGGACAUAACGGUAUGUACUUUCAGACUUUUGUAUGUCCUGCCCAAUGGAGGGGAGAGAAGAGAGAGGUCUUUGUCCUCCAGGCUAUUAAGGCCCAGAGGAGGGGAGGAGGUUGAGUCAAGUCCUGUGUGGUUCUUAUCCCUUUGUACAUUUUUAUUCCAGGUGUAUGCAAUAUUGGUGAGUCAUCCACCUGGUCCUAGUGACCACCUCACGCCAACACCAGUAUCCUACACUGCUGGCUUCUAUCGAAUCCCAGUGAUUGGCUUGACGACACGUAUGUCAAUAUAUUCUGACAAGAGUAUCCACCUCUCCUUCCUGCGCACUGUGCCCCCCUAUUCUCACCAAGCUCAGGUCUGGUUUGAGUUGAUGAGGCGCUUUCGGUGGGGUCACAUUAUUCUGGUGGUCAGCAAUGACCACGAGGGCCGAGCUGCACAGAAGAAGCUGGAGACGCUUCUGGAAGAAAAGGAGUCAAAGGCUGAGAAGGUCCUGCAGUUUGAACCAGGCACCACAAACAUGACAUCAAUGCUGCUGGAAGCCAAGGAACUGGAAGCCAGAGUCAUCAUUCUGUCAGCCAAUGAAGACGACGCAGUGACAAUGUACAAGACUGCAACACUCCUCAACAUGACUGGGCCCGGUUAUGUCUGGCUUGUUGGAGAAAGAGAGAUAUCUGGGAGGGCUAUGCAACAUGUUCCAGAAGGUGUAAUUGGUUUGCAACUGAUAAAUGGUAAAAAUGAAACGGCCCACAUUAAUGACGCAGUGGGCAUUGUGGCUCAAUCCAUCCACGAGCUCUUUGAAAAAGAAAACAUUACUGACCCUCCCAAAGGCUGCGUGGGGAACACCAACAUCUGGAAGACUGGACCCCUCUUUAAAAGGGUCCUUCUCUCCACCAAGUACCACGAAGGGUACACGGGACAAGUGGAAUUUAACGAUGAAGGAGAUCGAAAGUUUUCUAAUUACAGCAUCGUGAAUGUGCAGAAGGGAAAGUUGGUGCAAAUUGGAGUUUACAACGGGACUAAUGUACUGCUGAAUGACAAGAAAAUCAUCUGGCCAGGCGGUGAAUUGAACACACCCAAGGGGUUUCAGAUGUCAACAAAACUAAAGAUUGUCACUAUUUACCAAGAGCCUUUUGUGUAUGUGAAGCCAACAUUACCGGAUGGUACAUGUCAGGAGGAGUCCUCCAUUAACGGGGAGCCCAUUAAGAAGGUGAUCUGCACAGGCCCGAACUCUACAGUACCAGGUCGGCCUAUUGUCCCUCAGUGCUGCUACGGGUUUUGUAUUGAUUUACUCAUCAAGCUUGCCAGCACCCCCGCACUGAACUUCACGUACGAGGUGCACCUAGUCCACGACGGGAAGUUCGGGACACAGGAGAGAGUGAACAACAGCAACAGGAAGGAAUGGAACGGGAUGAUGGGGGAACUGCUGAGUGGGCUUGGUGACAUGAUUGUUGCACCUCUCACCAUUAAUAAUGAGCGAGCCCAGUACAUUGAAUUCUCCAAACCCUACAAGUACCAAGGACUCACCAUCUUGGUGAAGAAGGAAAUUCCCCGCAGUACACUGGACUCGUUCAUGCAGCCAUUCCAGAGCACGCUCUGGCUACUGGUGGGGCUUUCUGUACAUGUGGUGGCAGUGAUGCUUUACCUCUUAGACAGAUUCAGUCCUUUUGGGCGAUUUAAAGUGAAUAGCGAGGAAGAAGAGGAGGAUGCUCUCACCCUGUCUUCGGCCAUGUGGUUCUCCUGGGGUGUGCUGCUAAACUCUGGAAUUGGAGAAGGGGCUCCAAGAAGCUUCUCUGCUCGAAUUUUGGGCAUGGUUUGGGCUGGAUUUGCUAUGAUAAUUGUUGCCUCUUACACUGCCAACCUGGCAGCUUUCCUGGUGUUGGACAGACCUGAGGAGAGAAUCACAGGAAUUAAUGAUCCUCGGCUGCGGAACCCCUCGGACAAGUUUAUCUACGCCACGGUGAAGCAGAGUUCGGUGGACAUCUACUUCCGGCGCCAGGUGGAGCUCAGCACCAUGUACCGGCACAUGGAGAAGCACAACUACGAGAAUGCAGCUGACGCCAUCCAGGCGGUGCGGGAUGGGAAACUGCACGCAUUCAUCUGGGACUCCGCAGUGCUAGAGUUCGAGGCUUCUCAGAAGUGCGACCUCAUCACCACAGGGGAGCUCUUCUUUCGGUCUGGGUUUGGUAUCGGGAUGAGAAAGGACAGUCCAUGGAAACAAGCUGUGUCACUUGCCAUCCUGAGUUUCCAUGAGAAUGGCUUUAUGGAGGAUCUGGACAAAACGUGGGUCAGGUACCAGGAGUGUGACUCUCGCAGCAAUGCCCCAGCAACUCUCACCUUUGAAAACAUGGCAGGAGUCUUUAUGCUGGUUGCUGGAGGGAUUGUGGCAGGAAUAUUCCUGAUAUUCAUUGAGAUUGCCUACAAGCGUCACAAGGAUGCUCGGAGAAAACAGAUGCAGUUAGCCUUUGCUGCAGUCAAUGUGUGGAGAAAGAAUUUGCAGCAAUACCAUCCUACUGACAUAAGUGGGCAACUGAACCUCUCAGACCCUUCUGUCAGCACUGUAGUGUGAAUCUGCCCAGAAUCCCAGAAUACUGAUGUUUUAAACCAGAAUGAAUUAAGCUACUCAAGAAUUAUUAUCCAACAGCACUAGACUUUAGAACACCAGCAGUUCGCAGAUUGAAAGAAGAAUCAAAAGAUACAAUGGAAUCACAACAAAACUGUCAGCAUUUUUUCCUGCAAAACUUCGAUAUUACUGAACCUUGUGUGAUCAGAGGAAAGUUACUCAUUCUGUAGGUGUUUUAUUUACUUACCAAACUUCCAGUAUUAACCAUCCAUCAAACUUCCAUGAAUCAGCAAAGUUUCAGUAUUCCUCAUUGACUGUCAGUGUUAUUUGGAAGAAAUUGGAUAGGUCAGUAGCUUAGUGUCAUAGUCCGUUACUUUGGCAACAUGCCAAAAGUCUACCCAAGAGUAGUGGAAUGAUAGUGUCUGGCUGCUGGGUACAGAAGUAAAAUGGCUUUGGUACACUUUUAAGUGUCUAGUAGGCAUCAAGCCACACAUUACCCAUAGGUCUGCAGAAAUGGUUGUUUACCUGACAGAGUUCAUCAGGGUGGACACAAAAAGUGCAAGUAUGAAAGAGGAAAAGUAUGACACUGAUGCAGUAGGUGGUACGUUUCUGAAAUGCUAAAGUGUAUAAUGAGCUGGAGGAGAAGAAAACAGAUUUGUUGUGUUUUUAAUAAUUGUGCCAAAUCUACACAAAUUAAUUUUAAAGAGGGAAAAGCCAUAGUUUUGUGAGAACAAACUUGGAAUUCACACCAAUUCACUAGGUAUGUUUAGUAAGUAGACAUGAUGGGUAUAACUUUUUACUUUCUAACAAUUUGUAGAAAAUUCCAUGCCAAUGUAUCAUGAAAUGUGCAUCAAAGAUGAAGUAAA